AUGGCUGACCCUGAGGAUGGCGAAGAUCUUUUCGCGGAUCUUUACGAUGCCGAUGAAUCGACCACUCGCACUACCUCCGCUGUUGAGGCUCCCAAGCCUGCUGCGCAAGAGGAGGCCCCUCCCGCCCCUGCUAUGAAUUCCGAUUUGGACUUUGCGCCCGCCCCCGUCGAGACCCAGGAUUCGCACAAUGGCGGCCAGGCCAACUAUGACACCGGCUACCAAAAUGGCCACGGAAAUGCCUACGGUGCUCCUGUUCAUGCUCAGGCACCCCCUCCUGAGCCCGAGUCUCAAGGAACUGGAAUCAAAGAAGACGGGAAAAUGUUCAUUGGAGGUUUGAACUGGGAGACUACCGACCAGUCUCUGCGUGAUUAUUUCUCUGAGUUCGGUGAGGUCCAGGAAUGCACCGUCAUGCGCGACAGCGCCACCGGUCGCUCUCGUGGUUUUGGUUUCUUGACCUUCCGCGACCCAAAGACUGUCAAUACUGUUAUGGUCAAGGAGCACUACCUGGAUGGCAAGAUUAUUGAUCCCAAGCGUGCUAUCCCACGUGAUGAGCAGGAAAAGACGAGCAAGAUCUUUGUUGGUGGUGUCAGCCAGGAGGCUACCGAGCAGGACUUUAAGCAAUUCUUCAUGCAGUUCGGACGAGUUGUCGACGCUACCCUCAUGAUCGACAAGGACACUGGUCGUCCCCGUGGAUUCGGAUUUGUGACUUUCGACAGCGAAGCCGCAGUGGAGAACGCUCUUUCUCGUCCUCUCGAGAUUCUCGGCAAGCCCAUUGAGGUGAAGAAGGCUCAGCCCCGUGGCAAUCUGCGCGACGAUGAUGACCGACGUGGCGGCCGCCGUGGUGGAUACCGCGACAUGAACCAAACCGACGGACCAGGCCAACAGCAAGGUGGACAGCAAGGACCCGCCAGUGGCAUGACCCCUCAGAUGAUGGCCCAAUACUGGCAACGUAUGCAGCAAUACUUCGCCAUGAUGCAGCAACAGAUGGUCGCCAACCAGGGCGGUGGCAUGCCCAACAUGAACAUGGGCGCUAUGAACCCAGCCAUGAUGCAGCAGAUGCAGCAGAUGCAACAAAUGAGACAGAUGCAGAUGGGUAACCAGCAGCAGGGCAGCAUGAGCCCCAACCCUCAGAGCCCUGGCUCCCAGCAGCAGAUGCCAAACAUGGGUGCCAUGAUGCAGAGCCAGCCUAGCAACGGCGGCAGUGACAGCGCCAGUCCCGGCCCCAACGCCGCCGGCAUGGCCGGAAACUUCAACAACAACGCCAACCGCCAGACCGGCCCAGGUUACAACGCCCACGAGCAGAUCGCCUUCGAGCAGCAGAAGUACGAGCAGCAACAAGUUCGGCGCACUAUGGACCCCCGAGGAUACUCCCCUUACCAGCAGCAAGGCGGCCCCACCUCUUGGGAAGGCAUGUACGACGAAGUACCCCAGCCAAACAUCCCCACUGGACCUGCAGGUAUGAGACGCGUCGGAAGUUCUGGUAGUGGAUCCACCCCCCAGCCCCAGGGCACCGCACCCGCCAAUGCUCCCACUGGACCCCGCAAUGCAGGCAAGCCCGGUGCCAACUACCGUGGCGGCGGUCGUGGAGGUCACCGUGGCUUCCACCCAUACCAGCGUUAA